AUGUCCAAGGAUGAUGUGGGCUGCAAGCUGACCUCAGUAUACAAGCACAAGGAGAGGAAGCCGAAAAAGCCCCACUACAUCCCAAGGCCAUGGGGAAAGCCAUACAACUACAAAUGUUUUCAGUGCCCCUUCACUUGCAUGGAGAAGUCCCACCUCUACAACCACAUGAAAUACAGCCUGUGCAAGAAUUCCCUCUCCCUCCUCAUUGAGUCAGACUGGCCCUACAAGAAGGGGAAUCUGCUCCACCCUGAGCUGCGCCUCCUGCACACAGCAGAGGCCUCAUGCCUACGUGGGCGGCGGGAUGAGCAGGGGACUUGUGACUCAUCAGCUGUGUCAGAAGCAUCAGGGAGCACCAAGCAGGCCUCCAGCAGGGAGAGCCAUGAGAACAAGGCAACACGAGGAGUGGAGAUCCUGCCUGCUGAAGGGGCUGGUGAAGAAAGCAGGCAAUUCCAAGAGGAGGAGGAAGAUGUUGCCGGCCUGUUGAGGGAGAUGGAGGCGGGGGAGAAGGAGAAAAUUGAAGAGGCAGUUUGCCAGGGUGACCCAGCUGAACCAGAAAUGAACACUUUGGUCUUCGGUUUCAAGAACAAGAGGGACAAGCCUUGCAAAGAGGUGGAGCCUGACUUCAUCAUCACAGAUGUCUUCUCCCUCAAGAACCACGUCAUGAAGAGCAGGGAAAUGACCUCACCAGACCUAGAAGCCAAGCCAAAGCAUUGCAAAGUGCCAAAAAAAAGCCUGGCUAGCAGUGGGAUCCUCAUGGAGCAGUGGAAGCUGGUGGCAAAUGGGCAAAGAAGGAAUGCCCCCGAGGUCUCCCCACCUUGUACCGAGGGCAACAUCAUCCCUUGCUACCCCCCUCCAGCCUACAGUGACUACCAUGAACCUCAGGGCCUCAACCUCUCACUGCUGGGUAUUAACUAUCCAUUGAGCCCCAGUCUCUUCUCCUACCUGAGCCCCACCAUGGCCAACAGUGCUACAACUCACCCCCACUUGGCUCAGCUGCCCUUCCUGGCCUCCACAGCCCAGCUGAUGCACCCACAUGCCUCCCACUUCCAGCCCCUCCAGAGUCCCGAGCGCUCAGCUUUCCUCCCUCGCUUCUACUACCCCUUGCUCUUUGAGCACACCUUUGGCUCCACGGAGAACAAGAUGUCCACCAGCAAGCCAGAGGCCCAGCAAGCAGUAUGCUCUGUCAUGCCCACGCCUCCCCAAGCCAAAACCUCCAGUGAGCCAACAAAACCAGGGCUGCUGAAGGUACCUGUUCCGAAAACAAGUUUUCCUUGGUCAAAAGGUGUGCGAGAGGAGCCAUCCUCUGAGCUCAGCCAUAAUGCCAUGCUGGGGCAGGAAGGAGAGGAGAAAUGGCUGUCCCAGGAGAAGGAGAGCGUCCCAACUUUGGGCCUCAACAACCUGCACAAAAAGCCAGCUACUGACAUUUACCAAAAUCUAGUGGGGAUCAAAGAUGGCACUUUUCCCCUCAACAGCAUCCGGAAGGCUGAGUUACCAGUGGUGACCUGUCUGGAGACCACCAGCCCUCCGGUCAACUCCCUGAAGAGGAAGUUCCCUGCCAAUGGACUGGAUUUGAUGGGAUCUGAAACACUGAUCCCUGGAAAACUCAGCUAUCAGACCAGUGGUUCAAGGGCCAACUCUGGCCACCUCCACCAGGCCCUGGAUCACUGGCACAUGGAUGUCCUGGCAGGCCAGCCUGAGGAGGCAGAGAACACCAACAGCUCUGAAGUCCUGCCCGCUGCAGGUGCUGCCUCUGACCACAGUCUCUGUAAGAAGACCAGAGCACAAGAGACUUGUGCCACCACGAUGGACCCUGAGGCCACCACAAUGCUUAUUGGGGACCUGUCCAAAACUUUGGAGGAGUACCAAGAGGUGGAGAAGAAACUGUCUGACUUGGCAAAGGAAGACACCCCUGGGCAAAAAGAGCUGAGGGAGCAGCUGGUCAAAAUCCGAAGGGAACUCUACCAUAUCCACCAAGCACUGGAGAAAUCCACCAAACCCCAUGAGGGGCCCCUGGACCUCUCAGUAAAGAGAUCCUCUGAAAGCCUGGAGAAGGGCCAGCAGGCCAAGAAAGAACCCUGCAAUGUGAACCUAGGAAGUGAGAAGAUCCACAGCAAAGACCAAGGGGUCCUCAACAAAUAUACAGUUCCUGGAGAAGUUGGAGAUGGGGAAGGGCUGCCAAAUUGCCUCCUUGAGACUGAAAACAAAACCAUCGACCUGCUGAUCAAGAUGAGCCGGUCAGAGAGCCUCCGAGCAUCUUCCUCUGAGGCCCACCUAGGAGCUGUGAUCAAAGCUGAAGUCAUGCCUCUCAACAUGCCGCUGGAGCUUCGGCAUGUGAUGGAGCCUUACUACAGCCGUACCACCAAGUGUGAGGCAGACUCUAGUGUCCUGCUCUGCUCAGAUGGCAGAUCCAACACCACCCAGGGCCCUCAGCUCCCAGCCACUGAAGAUGGGCCCCUAAGCUGCCGGGCCACGCAGCGCUCACUGUCCUGCAGCCUUUCCGGUGAGACAGACACAAUGUGUCUCCACAGCUCUUUGCAUGCAGACCCGUAA